CCAUUGCGCGACUCAAGCAGAUAGCAGCCGUUUGGACCAUCUUCCCCGUCAAGGCUCUUUGAGAUUCUAAAUAUAACGUCACAAAAUGACGUAGUUUUGUGACUGUUACUCAAAUAAAUAAGAACAAACUAGUUUUUAUAAAGUUUACAGCAAGGUUACUACAGGUAGUAGUCGUUGGACCAUCUCCCACUUCAAGGCAACAACAAGACCCUCCGGAGGAGAUGAAGCGGCGGCUGCAUAAGAAGUACCUGCUUCUGAUCCUGGCUUACUCGGGUUUGCUGCUGCUGGUCCCGUACGUGCUGGACUACCGGGACAAGUCCGUGCAGCAGUCUAAACACGGUCUCCCGCAGCAGCAGCCCCGGUGCCCGGAGCUGGAGGACACGGUGGCGCUGCUGUGGGACACCGGGGACCGGGAGGACCGGGACCGGGGACCGGGACGGGGACCGGGGGAACGGCAGCAGCGACCCGGCUCAGCAGCAGCCCUCCAACCGGACCAGGAGCCGCGGAGGCACGUCUACCUGCACGCCACCUGGAGGACCGGGUCCUCGUUCCUCGGGGAGUUGUUCAACCAGCACCCCGACGUGUUCUACCUGUACGAGCCCAUGUGGCACAUCUGGCAGGCCCUGUACCCGGGGGACGCGGGCAGCCUGCAGGGCGCCGUGCGGGACAUGAUGAGCAGCCUGUUCCGCUGCGACUUCUCCGUGCUCAGGCUGUACGCAGGCUCGCAGAACGUCACCACCUCCUUCAUCUUCGGCUGGAAGAACAACAAGGUGAUCUGCUCAGAGCCGCUGUGCGACGCCCACAAGCGCCACGAAGUCGGGCUGGUGAAGGAGGACCGGUGCGCCAAGUGCCCGAGGAGAGACAUCAGGGAGCUGGAGAGGGAGUGCAAGAAGUACCCGGUGAUGGUCAUCAAAGGGGUGCGGGUUCUGGACCUGAGCACGCUGGUGCCCCUGAUGAGAGACCCGCUGAUUAACCUCCAGAUCGUCCAGCUCUUCAGGGACCCGAGGGCCGUGCACAACUCCAGGCUGAAGUCCAAGCAGGCCCUGGUGAAGGAGAGCAUCCAGGUUCUGCGCAGCAAGAAGCAGACCGACAAGUACAAGCGGCUCCUCGUGCCCAGCAACCGGGUGAACCGUGCAGAGAGCUACGUGUCCAGCGCCAUGGAGCUCAUCUGUGACAACUGGCUCGGGGACUUGAUGCUGGUGGCCAACGCGCCCCCCUGGGUGAGGAGGAACCACCUGCGGGUCCGCUACGAGGACCUGGUGCUGCGGCCGAUGGAGGAGCUCCAGAGGAUCCUCCGCUUCUCCAACCUCUCCAGCUCUCCGGCUCUGGAGAAGUUCGCUCUGAACAUGACGCACGGGCAGGGUUACUCCUCCGACCGGCCGUUCCUCAUCUCCUCCAGGGACGCCAAGGAGGCCAUCUACGCCUGGAGGGAGAGGCUGAGCGUGGAGCAGAUCCACCAGGUGGAGGCCUACUGCAGCGAGGUCAUGAGGCACCUCGGCUACGGGAGACACGGCGUGGACAAGACCUCGUGAGGAAUGUGCCGAGCAGUAUUUCUUCGCUGAGGGUGAAAGGUGGGAUAACAGACCGAGCAGCUGGAAUGUGGUCCGCUGGGCGCUCAGGAGCUCUGGGCUUGUUUUCCUUCAGCCGAGGAGGCCCGAAGAACCCAAGAGGAGGAGGAGAUCAGCCAAUCACAGACGGACACAUUUAAAAACAUGGGGGAGAGAGAAAGCAGCUUCUUUGAGCCGCGUGUUUGAUACCAGCAGGAGGAACAGAAAACAAAGAGACGAGGCCGGAUUGUGCUGCUGUUAACACCGACCAGCCUCCAUCCUUCUCUCCUUUUUAUAGUAGCACUAAUCCUCACAUCACCAGCAGCCGAGGGCCAGAAGAAGCCCGAGACAGGAGCCCUUUUUUGGGGGAUAAAACGUCCCGGAGCCAGGGCGUCACAGCGUCGGGGCUCGCUCUCACCUGUGUGGCUCAUCUGCCCAGCCGUUAUCUCAACGCUUAGCUGCUCAUUAACAAUGCAAAUGUAGAGCUCUGAGAGAAGAAACUACAGUAUUAUGUGGAACAGAGGGGCUGACGGAGGAACGUCGGUUCCACCCCCGGCCCCUCAGGAAUCCAGACAGCUGCAGCGCCCCGCUGACAAAACCCUCACAUGGGUGUGAAAUGUUCUCAUGUCCCACAGACGAGUCCUUGGAGAGCUGCCUCGCUCCUCUCACAACCAGCGUUUUCUCUUUUUUUUAGCAACAGACGGUACUGAUUCAUAUUGUGUUUAUAGUUUGUUUAAAAUGCUGUGCAGCCCUCCGGAGUGAAACAGCAUCCACGUGUUCAACUUUAGAAGUUGGUUCUGUAAUAAAUCGUUUGGUGGUAACAUAAAAACGGUACUUUUGUCAAAGAAAGAAAUAACAUUAAGAUUAUUUAAACUGACCUCAAUAAAGACUAGAGAAGAGGAAAUAUGUGUGUGAGUGAAAACUCAUUAACUUUAAAGAGACAGUAGUGAUGUUUAUCAGUGUGUCUGUGUGAGGUUCUCCUCCACAGUCAGUGUUUCACUACAGCAGAUGUUUGUAGAAACAGACGGAGAACUGAAGCUGUUAUCUAUGCUCUCUACAAAGACACCAGACUACAUUCACACAAACAGAGAUUUAACCUCUCAGAACACAGGAGCUACUGCUCUACUGCUGCCUCCAUCUGUUAGUCUGUUUGUUUGUGGGAUUGUGUAACUUUUUGUGUUCAGUUCAAGUCUCACAAUAACAAACAGACUUAGACCAGAAACUCUUAUUAUCUGAGAGGAACAUUUUGGUUGCUAUGAAGAGAGUAGAUCACGGCUUAUGUUUGGACUAAAAACUUGUAAAGAGACAGAUUUUAUGCUUGAUUAUCCAUAAAUAAUGCUACUUAUAGUAAUAUUUUUCUUUUAAGUUUUUGUUAUUUUGUCAAAUGGUGUUUUAAAGUGUUAAUUCAGAUUCACCAAAGUCAAACAAUAACACAAUAAACUACCCGAUGGAGGCAGCAGUAGAGCAGUAACUCCUGUGUUCUGAGAGGUUAAAUCUCUGUUUGGUGUCUUUGUAGA